AAUUAGAGUUAGUUACGGAUUACCAGGCCUUGAAAUGGCUUUUGAACAACCCACAACCUACCAGUAGACUUGCGAGGUGGAUUAUGAUUGCCGCCGAAUAUCCUUGCACAAUUCGUUAUAAAAAAGGACAACAAAAGAAGUUCAAGAAACAAGCUGCCCACUAUUUCCUUGAUAAAAAACUUUUGUAUCGCAAGAAUAAAGUUAUCGACGGUCCUCCUCUAAGAGUGAUCCAAAAAGAUGAAUUGGAAAAG